CAAAAUAUCUUGCCGUAGAGUUUUAAAAGAAGUGUGAAAUGUAAACGUAUCAUGAGCUGAGUAUCCGCCUUUUGUAUAGCGUUUGGACGAUGGCUCUCUUCGUCGAUAUUGAAUGUGCGCACUACGCACGCCACUCAAACGUUUCAAUCGAGGUGGGAACUCCGCAUGGAGUGAUAUGCCUAGGGCGUAAGCCUAUUGCGGAAUCGAUAAGCUGCGCUCAGCUGUUGUCGAUUCGACCGUGAGUCCGUAUAAACAAAAGCCUAAUAUGCAAAGCUAGUUUCGGAAGAUACCUCGCAUGUCAAUUACGCAGUGUAGGGAGUGCAAUGACUAUAUUCAAAAUAUUGUUAUAAUUUCCCGAAUAGUCAGCGUAGUUGUAGUAUGUUUUCUAUUGAGUUUUAAUGUUAUAGGCUAUUGAAAGGAAUAAUGACCGACUUCAACACUGACCUAGAAAGAAGAGUACUGCCUCUCGGAAAACUGUUGAAUGACAACGAUACUGGUGUCGAUCAAUUGGGAUAUUUGGUAUACGCUCAAGCUUUGGCGAAACUAUUACACAGUUGCCGUCCUCCAUUGACUGUGGGAAUAUUUGGUCCCUGGGGUAUCGGGAAAACUUUCCUGCUCAAGCACGUUCAAGGAUUACUUCGAAAGUAUGAGCUGCAACAGCGAUAUGACGCAGAAGAAGAGGCGAAAAUGGCAGCGGGAAUCCCUCGAAAUAAAAGCUUCGCAGCAAAUCUAGAACAGACAGAUACAAGCGUAUCAGCCGAGAAAGCUACCAAAAAACCACGCUACAGAACUCAUAAAACGAACAGGCGUCGUACGUGUAUUUGUGUCGGUUGCACCUUACUCACUUCAUUAGUUGUUGCUGCUCUUUGCAUAUUAUUAAUUAUGGUUCUCAUACCAUCGCUGAGACCAUAUAACACAACCGUGCAUUUUCCCGACUUGGAUACCAUUGAAACAAUUACUGGCAACAAACGGAUGCCAUCUGGACGAUCAGGAGUAUUUGGUUUGAAUGAAUCUGCACCCGGCUCGGUUGAUGCAGAUGCGAGGACAACUGCAGCGACAAUAAUCGAAAGUUCUACUUCCUCGAAUUCCAAGGACGAUGAUGAUGAUGAUAAAGGAACAAUUCAAACGAAUUUGCGUUUGUACUUGGUUCUAUUUUCGAUAAUAUUCAUAGGGAUGGUAUUCGUGGUGUUUUGCUGCUGUAUUGCGAGCACAAACUCCAAGUGUUGGCCACGAUUUUUAAGACAUUACAGUUUAAUUUUUUAUGCUGCAUUUACGAGACUGCCAUCCGUAAACGUCUCUCCAGACACGGACUGGAUGGAAGCGAAUAAUCCUUACAUGGUAGUAAACAUGAAUGACGAAAAAGCCCGACUGCGAUAUCUCAACCCAGAAGACGAUGCUGGAAAUAUUGAAGGAAUAAAACUGAAUUCAAAUGACAUAUCAAGCAUGCCUGUUCGAUAUAUUUUCGUUAACUAUCAUGCAUGGCAGUAUGCUGGAAGCGAUGUACUAUGGGCGGGAAUUGUAACAAAUCUUGCUCAAGCUAUUGAGAACGAAUUUGGCGCAGUUUGUACUCGACUUUUUCGAAUGAUACAGGUUGAACGACCUUCUAAAUCUGGACCUCUAAAAGCAUCUUUGUGGAAAAAGGAAGAUCCCAGGGCAAUUUAUGUGAGGUUUCACUUUACUGCAAAUUUUGACGAAGACGUAGGCCAAAAACACGAUAGGAUUCUACUUAUGAUGAAAGAAUAUGGUGUCGUAACACAAUGCUGUAUAUAUCGUGAAGACUGGUGGUAUGUCCGCUUUUGCAACGACAAAGAGGCGAAUUUUGCGCUCAAGGCUUUACAAUUAGAUAACUUUGACGUUCAAAAGCAACGUCCGAAAAAAUGCCGUAAUAGUCAAAAUGUAACAACCGACAACGCGAAUUCAGCUGAUAUCGACCAAGAAGAAGCGGCACCCAAUACGAGACUGGUUCGUAAUUCAUCUGAAAACAACUGUCAAGGAGAUCGAGGCAAAGGCAUACCUUUACAAAAUUUAUCGCCAGUUCAACCACCUCGACCUAGCGGAUGUAUAGAGCAAGAGUUUCCAACUUCGGCAUCACAGAGAACGACGGCGGACGAAGCUGACAAACCUCGAUGUUGUUCGCCAGUUUCCUGCUGCAGAAGUUUCUCUCAUUUUCAAAGACAUCCAAAGACCGUCUGUUGUGGGUGCCCAUUUCUUUACUGCUGUGUCGUCUUUGUGGUUGCUGCAAUUUUGUUUCCUAUCACCCUUUUAAUCGUCGCCAAUACGCUGGAAUUAAACGUGCUAAAGAGUACCAGAACCAUUCCGAUUGAGGUUCAAAUAUUUUCUUGGCUUCCUGCAGUGGUCGGCGUCAUGGUUGUUGCGUUCAGGUUUUGUUGGGCGAUGUGCAAUUCUCAAACAGAAAGAAUAAGAAAGGCGUUGGCCGGUACAGAAGGAAGUAUGGGAACCGCUCUCGGAUUCAUGAAUGAUGUGAAAACGGAGGUAAUGCUUAUGACUCAAUUGAUCAACUGCAUAAGAUUUACUCAUCGUAUAAAUUAUAAAAUUGUUAUCACUAUUGAUGAUCUUGACCGAUGUCCUAACGAUAAGGUCAAGUCUGUUCUGGAGGCUGUAAGCAUCUUGCUGAGUGAUAAAUCGUCACCGUUUCUAUGUCUUAUAGCGGUUGAUUCCAGGGUAGCUGUGAAAUGUAUCGAGCAGGAUAUGGGUGAAGUUAUGUUGAAGGCGAACUUAACAGGACACGAAUAUCUGAAGAAAAUCAUAAAUUUGCCAUUUUGUUUGCCGGAGGUUGCAGGAAAUGCAAAAAGAAAGUACUUUGCUGGUAUUAUGGACAUUGCUGACGAAACUAUGUUGGGACGUUUCCCAGUUCUGGAUAUUAAUCAGGCCGGAUCAUCUGGUGCGGACUCUGAUCACCACCCUUCCAGCAAAGGUGAUCAAUUAGAUUCUAUUGGAAUCAAGAAACAUCAUUCAAUUGCCACAGAUGAAGACAAAGCCGAAUCAAGAAUUAAAAUCCCAGGUGAUGUUGUUGGGAACAAUACUCGCAAAUUGGAGAUUGAAAACCACAGUUCGGUUUCCGAGCUUGAUGAUGAAGAUGGUGGUAGUACAACUUCCGUUGACGGCAAAGGAAAAGCUCAUCCUUCCGUAACUUUGCCAACUGCUCAAGAAAACAAUGAUAACACAGAAGAAAACCAGUUUUCAAGAUUUCUUUUCAAAUGCAGGGAAGCUUUGGAAUCUGCUUGGUCAGACGAACACGGUCAGAUAUCAACAAGCGGAUUUAUCCGUCAACAUAUUUGUGGGAAUCCAAGAAAUAUGAAAAGAAUAUUCAACGUUCUAUCACUCACAACUCAGCUUAUGAGAUGCAUGGAGGAACGGAGAUUGCGUCGACAAUAUGUCGCAAUGCAUUCAAAAAGUUCAAAUCAAUCUCACUACAGAUCGGACAGAAGAACGUCGGUCUUUAACAGCAAUUUAGCGCCAGAAGAUAACGAACCUCUGUUUAAAUGGACUCGUGCUGAGGCUGAAGAUCUCGUUCGCUGGAUCGUAUUGACAGAUCAGUGGCCUUACAGAGUUAGUUAUAUCUUGCAAGUGAUUGACGAUUCGGAUCAGAGAAGGAUGGCUAAAAUGACGAACAGAAAAAUUGAAUUAGAUGCAAAACUCAGUGACAUAUACGAAAAUUACGUUGAACAGGAAAUUGCAGACGGAGGUAGUGUUUCUAUGUUAACAUUAGACGAAGACCCUGCAUUGCUGCGCAGUUUCCUCCGAGGAAGUCCUUCCCUCACAAGACGGAAAGUAACCGCACUAUUUCCAGUUACUCUCAACCUCGACCAGUCAAUUAGAUCUGGAAUCUCUCGUCAUCGAUCUUGUCCCAGGUUCAAGGAAGAAGUCAUUUGAUGGAUGCCUUUUCUAAAAAUGACCAACAUGCAUAUAUAUUUACUAUAAUUUAUCCACGCUUCCGUCAGCAUUUCGAAUUUCUUGCCUGAGUAAUAAAAAAAGUCUUGCCUUCCGUUGAUGGAUUAUCUUGCCUCGAUACCAACGAGCUUUUUUUUCACUUGUCCCUUAAGAUUAUAUAUAUUCAUAUCGUUUUUUUUUAACUUUUUUCCAUCGAAUAUAUUGUUGUGGUAAACUAUAAAAGUGGA